ACACACGUGGUUUUUGUUUGGCCUGAGAGAAGACAAGUCGCAAACGAUGGCGCACCUGGAGAUGGACGACGUGUUGAGCGCAGUCGAGCUGCCCGGUCCACUUGACAGGGAGGCACUCGCACAGCUGAGCACAGAGGAGCAGGCAAACGUGGUCGCGUCCUUGACUGAUCGCAACGUCUUCCUCGCACAACACAUGAGCACUCUCAUCGAUCACAUUGUCAACCCAGCGCAAAGACAAUCACAGCAGCAGCAACAACAACAACAACAACAGCAGCAUCAAGGACAGCCACAAGUUCAGCGCGACUGGCCUCGUCUAAUCAGGGCGUUGCAAACAGACCCAACGCAGCCGCUGGAGCAGCAGUACGAGGACUUUGGCCUGUGGCGGGCCGUGCAGCGUGCCUCCGAUCGCGCUGUCAAGAACACAAAGAAGGCGCUCAAGUCUACACAGCAAGCACAGGCACAGCACGAGCAACAGGCAACUGGUGAGCAGGGUGGCCACAACAGCAACGACGAUGCCAAUGACGGCGAUGACGACGACGAUGAGAAGGAGCGGGAGUCGCUGCGCGACCUCCUCGUGCAGUCGUACGGCGACGAAAUGGCAAAGCUGCAGACGGAUUCGAAGCUGAAGCGCCACCACAUUCCGCUGCUCAUCAACACGCUGGAUAUGGGCAUGGGUCUCCUGACAGACGAGGAGAAGGCCAUGCUGGCAUCGUCAUGAUGAUGAUGAUGAUGGCGAUGAUGAUGAUGAUGAUGAUGAUGAUGGUGGUGGUGGUGGUGGUGAUGAUGAUGAUUGUUCUUGCUGCUGCUGCUGCUGCUGCUGCUGCUGCUGCUGCUGC